GGAAUAUAGCAAAGGAAAAAUCGGUUCGCGGCUAAAUCAAUCGCUUCUGCUUGGUACGUUCUCAUUCCGAUCUUCCAUCGUCAGUCUGCUUCGAUCUUCAAUGUUCAAUCUGGAUUUUUCUACAGUCUCUUAUCAAUUUGAUUGUUGAGCCGAGACCCUAGAGGAAGUGCGAUCUCCUCUGUAAUCUCUGAGCUCUGACUUAUCCAUUCUGAUCUCGUCGUUCGCAGUUCUUUGCAAUGGUGGUCUGCAAAUGCAGAAAGGCUACUAAGCUGUAUUGCUUUGUUCACAAGGUCCCUGUUUGCGGGGAAUGCAUUUGCUUCCCGGAGCAUCAAACUUGUGUGGUCCGGACUUAUUCAGAAUGGGUGAUAGAUGGAGAGUAUGACCAGCCAAAGUGUUGUCAAUGCCAAGUAACAUUUGAUGGGGGGGCAGGUCAUCAAGUCACUCGGUUGGGUUGCUUGCAUGCUAUACAUACAAGUUGCUUGGUCUCGCAUAUCAAGAGUUUUCCUCCUCAUACUGCACCUGCUGGUUAUGUGUGCCCAUCAUGUAGCACCCCUAUAUGGCCUCCCAAGAUGGUAAAAGAUGCAGGAUCUCGGCUUCAUGCACAGUUAAGGGAAGUGAUUAUGCAGACUGGUCUUGAGAAGAAUCUAUUUGGGAACCAUCCAGUUUCUCGAUCCACCGAAUCUCGUAGCCCACCCCCUGCAUUUGGUUCAGAUCCAUUAAUUAAUUUAUCAUCAUCUUCUCAUACACAAGAAGGGAAGAACCUUCCUGAUGGUUAUUCAGUAUCUGGAAAUGGAGAUUACUCCAAACCUGCGGUUUCGGAGAUAGUUGAGAUAGAUGUUCCUGCUUCAGCUGGAAAUUACAUGAAAAACUCAAGCCCUGGACUUGCUGCUGCUGCUGCACGGAAAGGUGUACCAGCUGUGGACAGGCAGAACUCCGAGACUUUAUAUUAUGCAGACGACGAAGACGGGAAUAAGAAAAAGUACUCAAGAAGAGGUCCCCUUCGUCACAAGUUUCUCCGGGCUUUACUACCAUUCUGGUCAAGUGCAUUACCAACUCUACCCGUUACCGCACCACCUCGUAAGGAUGCAACAAAGGGAGAUGAUGGUUCAGAAGGACGUGUAAGACAUCGAUCAUCAAGGAUGGAUAUAAGGAAAAUACUCCUUUUCAUAGCGAUCAUAGCUUGUAUGGCGACAAUGGGGAUUUUAUACUACAGACUCGCACAACGGGUAAUUGGUCAAGAAAUACCCGAUGAAGAGCAGCAGCGAUGAGGUAAUAUCGUAUCAGACAGGGGAGAUAAGACUGGCUCAACAUAUAUCAUAUUUAUAUAUUCCGGGUUUUGUCCAAAUCAAUUUGCCCUGUUCUAGAUCCUUUUGGGACGUUUAGAAAAUGUUUCUUACAAGUUGAUUUCGAGAAUUGUUGGCUGCGGUUCUUUGCGACGGUGUUUUGUUGCGGGUUUAAAGUAUAUUGAUUGUCAUCUUUUUCUGUUUUUGUUUCAUUUGACAUGUUUUAGUAUGUAGCUAUUGGCUUUCGGUAUAGACGAAAAUGCAUUUUAUGGACGCUUUUAGCAGUU